AUGGUAUCAUCAACUGUCAAAAUAAAGCCGCAAAGCGGCGAGGUCGUAGACCGUGAUAAAACAUUUACGAGGAAUUUUUGCUUAACUUCGAGUGAUUCUUUUAUUUCUGAUUGGAUUGAGUUUUUAUUUUCAACCUGUUCAUUAGUUGCUAAAUCAAAUAUUGAACAAUAUGAAGAAUUAAUGAAUACAUUAAAUGAGAAACAAAAGGAAGCAAUGAAAGAGCUUUUAGAUGAAGAAUUUAAUAAAGUGAAUAUCAUUGGUUUUAAUUCGGGAAAGUUUGAUUUAAAUUUAAUUCUUCGUGAUUUAAAUACUGCAAAAUGGAAGAUAAAAUCAAUGCUGGGUUCUUCUUCUCAAUUUAAGCAAGUCAUAGUAAAGAAAACAAACUGUCCAUAUGAAUUGAGAUUUAUUGACAUCAGAAAUUAUAUAGCGGGUGGGACAUUAGACCAAUUCACUCAAGAUUUCGGAAACAAUAAAUCACGUGUUAAAUCCUUUUUCCCUUAUCAAUUCAUCACAUGGGAAAAUUACGAAGAAAAAUUAUAUAAAGAGGAACCAUUCACUCAAGAUUCAUUUUAUUCAGCAUUAACCCAAGAAACAAUAUCAGAUAGUGAUUAUCAAAUAUAUCUCAAUGAUGCUAAAAACUUUAAGAAUAGAUUAGAAUAUUUUAUUCAUUAUUGCAAUAAAGAUGUUGAAAUUAUGAUUGACCCAAUUGAUAAAAUUAUUGAAGAAACAUUUGUUUAUAAAAUUGACAUGCUUCAUAAUCUUUCUUUAUCAUCGAAUGCAUCAAUGAUUCGUUACGCGUUAGCAUAUAAGAACUUCAAUCCUAACGAAACAUAUCCAGAAGAAGAAAAUGUGGAAUCAAGUUUUGAAUUAACGAAAAAGUAUUGGAAAUAUAAAAUUGAAUCAUAUAAGAAACAAGAUGAAAAGGCGAAAAGAGAUACCAAAAACAAUGUUUCAAUGGAUGACUAUCAAUACUAUCACGAUUUAAUCCUUUCAUCUAAAUGCAAAAUGUGUGGUAAAGCGUUUACAUAUGCAAAUAAACCAACAUUGGAUAGAAUCGAUAAUGAAAAACCACAUACUAAAGAAAAUUGUCAGUUAAUGUGUUGUUAUUGCAAUGUCGUAAAAUCAAAUAAAGAUGAAGAUGUUCAACGUUUAAGAAUCAAUUUAAGAAAUUACGCAUUAAAAAAUAAUUUACCAAUGACUUUAGAUUCAGUUGAAGCUUAUCACAUUCUCCGUAAUGGAAUUACUGGUGGUUUAUCAAAUGUUCAACAUAGAGUAAAUCUUAAAGGAAUCACGCACAUUAAUAAACUUGCAUAUAAUCCAGAAACUAAAACUGUAUCAAAUGAGGACACCACCAACAUUAUGACUCAUUUCGUUGGUGUUGAUUUUAAUUCAUUAUAUCCUUCAUCAUUUUCAUCUAAUCCUCAUGAUUUCAUUCAAUAUACUGACCAUAAAAU